UUAGCGCUUUCUCCGACAAAUAUUCGGAAAGCAGUAUUCGUUUCCCUCUCAAAGCAACUUAGUACGCAAGCUACUACUGUCACUGUCCCUCACAUAUUUUGCUCACCAAGAAUGUUGCCCGUCACUUUAGGGUUUAUCUAUUCCUAAUUUUAUCAUCUACUGAAACAUCGCCACCUCUUCUGUUUCUUUUCUUUUUUAAUUCUUGAAAAUUUUCUCAAAUUUUGAUUAAAGAUGAGUCAAGGAGCAAAUUCGGAAGCAAGCAUGACGAUCGGUUCGUCUGUGAUUCCGAUCCUCAAUAAACUGCACGACAUAGUUGCGCCCGUCGGGGCCGAGUUGGCGAAGAUAUCACUACCGCACGUGGCGGUUGUGGGGAGCCAGAGCAGCGGGAAGUCGAGCGUUCUGGAGGCGUUGGUUGGCCGUGACUUUCUCCCCCGUGGCUGCGACAUAUGCACUCGCAGGCCGCUCUCCUUGAUGCUUGAGCAGCGAUCGGUGGCACCUGGCGAUGAUCACAGGGAGUGGGGCGAGUUCCGCCACUUGCCAGGCAAGCGGUUCUACGAUUUCUUGAAGAUUCGGCAGGAGAUUCAGGCUGAAACUGAGAGAGAAGUAGGAUUUAACAAAGGGGUCUCAGAUAAGCAAAUUCGGUUGAAGAUUUAUUCUCCAAAUGUGCUUAAUAUGACACUUAUUGAUUUACCGGGCAUUACCAAGGUUCCUGUGGGAGAUCAACCCAGUGAUAUAGAAGCAAGAAUCAGAAAAAUGAUAAUGGAACAUAUCAUCCAAAAGAACUGCAUCAUAUUGGCAGUUACUCCUGCCAAUUCUGAUUUGGCUACUUCUGAUGCACUUCAGAUUGCCAGAGAGGCUGAUCCAACUGGUUCUCGAACGAUUGGUGUGAUAACCAAGCUUGAUAUAAUGGACCGAGGCACCAACGCCUGUAACUUUCUGCUCGGAAGGGUCAUUCCACUUCGCCUUGGUUACGUUGGUGUCGUGAAUCGUAGUCAGGAGGAUAUCAAUGAAAACCGGAGCAUUAAAGAAGCACUAGCCCAUGAGGAACGCUUUUUCUGUGAUCAUCAUGUUUAUAACGGUCUCAGAGAUUGUUGUGGCAUUCCACAGUUAGCAAAGAAACUGAACCAGAUCCUGGAGCAGCAUAUUCAAAGAGAACUUCCAAGUUUGAGAGCUGAAUUAAAUUCUCGUAAGAUUAUUGUUGCAGAAGAGCUGCAGAUAUAUGGAGAGGUUGUUGAAUCAAAAGCAGAACAAGGAGCAAUUCUGUUGAGCAUUCUGACACAGUACUGUGCAGAUUUUAUUGCCAUUUUGGAUGGAAAAAAUGAGAUGAUGUCGUCGAAAGAGUUGUUUGGGGGAGCUAGGAUCCUCUACAUUUUUCAGACAGUUUUUGUAAGGAGCUUGGAGGAAGUGGAUCCCUGCGCAGAUAUAUCUGAUGAGGAUAUUCAAACGGCCAUUAGAAAUGCCAGUGGCCUGAGAGGUGCUUUAUUUGUGCCAGAGGUGCCAUUUGAAGUUCUCGUUAGAAGACAAAUUGCUCGGUUAUUAGAUCCCAGUCUUCAGUGUCUACGAUUUGUCUAUGAUGAAAUGUUAAAGAUAGCUCGUGCUUGCAGAGUUACUGAACUGCAUAGGUUUCCACUGUUAAGACGGUGUUUGGAUGAAGUCGCGGGAAAGUUUCUGCGAGAUGGUGUAAUACCUGCUGAGAGAAUGAUUGGAAAUCUUAUUGAGAUGGAGAUGGACUAUAUAAACUCUUCACAUCCAAAUUUUCUUGGUGGAAAGAAAGCAGUUGAUCUUGCCCAUCAGAUGAUGAGGUCAAUACAGGAUGGAGUGGAUGUUGAAAGGUUAACCACAGCUGAAAAGGGCCAGAAAUCGCAACUUCUUCUUCCUAAGUCUGUUGCUACUGGUGCCUCAACAAACCAGGGAAAUUGCAACCAAUCAAGUAAUGAGAGGUCCUCGGCAACCGGUGGUAAUUUUUCCUCAAGGACUUGGGGAUGCCCAAUUAACAAACCCUCCAAUGAAACAUCUCAUAACGUGGAGCAGAUAUCAUCAACGAUUCAAUUGAGGGAGGAUGGAGUGGAUGUUGAAAGGUUAACCACAGCUGAAAAGAGCCAGAAAUCCCAACCUCUUCUUCCUGAGUCUGUUGCUACUGGUGCCUCAACAAACCAGGGAAAUUGCAACCAAUCAAGUAAUGAGAGGUCUUCGGCAACCGGUGGUAAUUUUUCCUCAAGGAUUUGGGGUAUCCCUUCAAAAUUUUGGAACAGGGCAUCAUCUGGUCCAGGGGGAUGCCCAAUUAACAAACCCUCCAAUGAAACAUCUCAUAACGUGGAGCAGAUAUCAUCCACGAUUCAAUUGAGGGAGGAUGGAGUGGAUGUUGAAAGGUUAACCACAGCUAAAAAGGGCCAGAAAUCCCAACCUCUUCUUCCUAAGUCUGUUGCUACUGGUGACUCAACAAACCAGGGAAAUUGCAACCAAUCAAGUAAUGAGAGGUCUUCGGCAACCGGGAUUUGGGGUAUCUCUUCAAUAUUUGGAAACAGGGCAUCAUCUGGUCCAGGGGGAUGCCCAAUUAACAAAUCCUCCAAUGAAACAUCUCAUAACGUGGAGCAGAUAUCAUCCACGAUUCAAUUGAGGGAGCCCCCAUCAAUCUUAAAGCCACUUGAAGGGACGGAGGAGGAAACUGUGGAAGUAAUUGUAACAAAAUUACUGUUGCAGUCUUACUAUGAUAUUGUCCGGAAAAACAUUCAAGACCUUGUUCCAAAAGCCAUAAUGCACUUUUUGGUCAACUAUACCAAAAAGGAUCUUCAUAACACCUGUAUACAAAAACUCUACAGAGAGAAUCUUUUGGAUGAGCUAUUGCAGGAGCAGGAGGAUGUUUUUGUAAAGAGAAAACAUGCACGGGACAUGUUCAAUGUCCUGCAGCAAGCUGUCCAGACACUGGAUGAGGUUGAAUCUGAAAUGCAAUCCAAAAGCACAAUUUCAAGCAUGGGUGCUGAGACCACCACUGGAUUACCAAAGGUUUCAGGCUUUUCUGGGCACUAGAUGCGGGCCCACGCUACACGCGUUUUGUUUGAAUACUGAAUAAUAAAAUUUGAUCAUGGAACGAUUUAUUCCAUUAUAACCCCAUUUGGUGUCUAGUGUGGGUUUUGUGCUGGAGAAAGAUGGAAACACCCAAUUGACCAUAGAUUACAUAUACAAUUGAUUGAUCAAGUAAGCUUGAAAAGCUACUGAAAUGAGCAAGGGCGUAAGAGGCAAUUAUUACACAUAAAGACUGUAAGGUGGGUACUCAUUGAAAUGGCAAAAUUAGAAUCAUCUUGGGAGUGAAUGUAUUCCAUUCCUCGAGUACGGUUCAAAGUAAUGGACAUUAACUUCUCGAAGAGAAUCAAUUUUUGUGA